ACUCAGCAUUGCCCAGUCGUCGACGACGGUCGAAAUAAUCGAAGGACUAUAUUUCCUUCGCCUGUGUUUUCUGAAUUCUGAGAGAGGUCAAUCAGCCCUUUCCUUUGUCACCACUAGACACUAGUCUUCAACCCGACUAUAAAAUACGCUAGAGGUAAAUAUUGCAUGUUUGAAGAUUAUAAGCAAGUAUGAGACUCCCCACCUCUACUGAUGUGGGUCAGUUACCUGGCUCUCAUCAGUCAGAUUCAAAUGAAGACAGUGACUUGGAAGUGAGAAUGUAUUCCGAGCUCUACUUUGAGCCAAACCCUCAUUUUGCUCCACGCCUUAGCUCACCACAAACUCAGAUUAUUUCUAGGGAUGAUUUAAUUACCUCAGAAAAAGACCCAGCUUAUUACAAAAAAUCCUCACUUAGUUUAACUAACAAUUUGGACAUAAUUCUUGAUAACAAGCAAAAGGAAUAUAAAGCCAAUGAAUCUGUUCAUCAAGAUCCAGAAGAAUGCAGUCCAAAUCCUGAUGUAAUUUUAAAAGAAAAUAGAAACUUGCAAGGUUUGUGCAAGAGCACUCAAGGGAAAGAAGAUGCCUUGAAUCUUCUAAAAAAUGAAACAAAUUACCUUCUAUUGAACCAAAUAUCUGAAGAUGUUAAUAGACACCACAAAGCUAAGUUAAAAAACAUUCAACACACUUCAGGUCCUGAACUUUCUUCAAUUUGUAAAUUAAAGGAUAAUCUAAGCAACAGAAGACCUUCAAUCUCAGCUGAGAUCAGUGGUAAAUCUCCAGGAUUAAAUGGAAGUGACACUUUAUCUCCAGUGCAAAAUGGGUAUGAUUCAAGUCCCGCUGCCGGCUGUUAUGUCUUUUCUUUAGGCAAAAAAUCAGUACCUGCACAAAAAUUUCCUAAGGAAGCUACAAGAAAAAUGAGACCAGGAAUGCAUGCCAAUUCAAGUACACCUCUCCUCAAUGAAACUACUUCUCAGGAUAGAAAUUCUUCUCCCUUUUCUGUCCUGUCCAUAAGUAAAGGUAGUCAAUUAUUUGAAUUCCAAACUCCAGCAGGAACCAAGAAAAAGCCAGCAAAAAGAAGCCUGAAAGACAUGUCUGCAAAGCACCAGAAAAAUAAUGAAUGCGAAGUAAUAUUGAUAGAUUCAGAUGACAGCACAGCUGAAAGCUCCAGUGUUUCCAAUGCACUAAAUGAUUCUAGCCACACUUUAUCCAAUAAAAUUAAUGCUGUUAAAAGAAAGCUUGGAGUGAGAACAUCCCAAAUAAAACCUUCCUCAAGGGCAGGUAAGAGGUUGCCCACUUGGGCUCCCACCAAAUUUAUUCCUGAUGAUUCAAGUGAUUCUGGUGGGGAAAGUCUAGAAAAUGGCUCAAUGUUGUGCAAUUUUUCUGUUGACCUUGAUGGGAGUAACUGCAAGAAAAAUCAGACAAAGAGAUUAUCCUGCCAAAGAACCCAUUGGCCGAUGGACUAUGCAAGUUCCCGAGAGCAGCGCCUCAGAACCCCUUCUGUGCCUCACUGGUCUCAGCACAUGACAUCUUUUUAUGACUCAGAUUUUUCUGAAGAUUACGAGCUGGAGGACCUUCAUAGAACUAUGCCUGAUAGCGUAAUCGAGUGGGAGCUGGAUGCAGAUGACUACCCUGAUCGUCUCUAUGGUCGUCGGAAGCCUCGUUACUUUGAGAAAGCGACAACUCGUUGCAGCCGCUGCCGAGCCCAUGACCACACCAUAGCUCAGUGCAAACGCCUUGACCACUGCCUACUCUGUGGAGACACGAGGCACUCCACCAGAGAGAAGUGUCCUCGCAACUGUUGUCUCAGGUGUGGAGGGAAGCCUCAUGCCUUCUGCCCCUUUACAUGCCCCUGGAACAGCUGUGAGGCAUGCGGAUACAAGGGACACGUCAAGCACAUCUGCCCUGACCUGUGGCGCAGAUAUGCCUUCACUACAGAAGGGGCAGUGCCCCAGCGUCCACGAACUCAACACCCAACGCGGGUGCCUACGUGCUACUCCUGUGGGGGCGUUGGGCAUGAAGGUGCUGCGUGUGGGCACCGCGUGCAGCAUUAUGUGCAGCAAUGUCAGGACAUACGGAGCUUUGCAGAGCCCACCCGCGACUGCCUGGGCCUGACGGUGCUGACCGAGGAGCUUCCUGAGCAGGACAACCAACCUCCACCAGGGCUGCCUCAUCCUUAUGGCGAGACGGUGCAGAAGUACACGACAGUGCGGGCGAGCGUGGCGCUCAACAACACGCGCGACAUCGGCCACAUCAUCGGCAAGCAGGGCUCCGUUAUCAAGGCGCUGCGACAGCUCUUCUCUUGCCAGAUCAGCGUCGAGCAGCACGACCACGACAGCGCCGUGCUCUGGGUGAAGGGGGCGAAGCUGGACGCAGCCCUGCGGUGUAUCCUCUUCAUGCUGGGGAGGGAGGCUGAGACAGAAGGAGUGAAGGAGAGCCUCCAGCAGCUGGACCGCCUCACCUACUCGACGGCCUUCACAAGCCUCUGGACACACAGGGCCAGGCAGGGGCAGAAUGCCCGCUCUAAGAAGCAGAAUGUCGCACAAUACCAGGAUAAACUAGAGCCGCAAUCAAAUAAUAAGAAGAGAAAGAGGCAAGUAGAAGAAGCUGUGAACACAGACGAGGACAAUGAUCAGGACGUUGAUCUUGACACAUCCCUAGACGGUGACUCGGCUGGCUCUAGUCGUGAGUAUCUGUCUCAUCAGGAAGAUGAGUCAAAUGACUCAGAUGUGAUGAGUGUGUCGAGUAAACGCUAUGAGAGGAAUCUCCUGCGGGACCUCAAACUCAACAGUAACUCCGACUCAGAACUUGAGUCAUGGAGCAGCACGAGUCUAGAUUCCCGUGAGAAUCGCCCAAGUAAAACGGCGCAACUUGAAGAUUCAAAGUACGCCGCUUUCGACCAACUGCAAUCUCAGAAAUUACGGAAAGUGAUUCCUGCGUCCAACUGUUAUUCCCAUUCUGGCGAUUCUGAUUUCGGUUCAGAAAUGAAUGAGCUCUCGGACUCAGACUCGAACGAAUCGGUGAUAGAUGCCAGUGAUGUUUCCUCAGAUGAUGACGCUAAUUUCGGCUCAAAAUUACGAAAGGUCAAUGACUUUAACCUCAAGUUGAGCGUGCAAGUUGAGGAACGACUCAGAUCGUUGAAGCGAAAGCGGUACAAGUCGCUACUAGACAGCCUGCCCGUGGGCCGAAAAUCUUUAAUCCACGAAGUCAAGAACAAGUUAUCACAGAUAAAUCGGCCUAUUGAUAUUGAAAAAUGUCUUGUGAAUUUGAGGGAAAGCUGCCUUGCAUACUCGACACGUGGCAGUGACAGUACCCUGAACAGCGCCCUCGUUGCUCUCAGGACCCUCGGUACAUACGUCUUGGGUGGCCUGGGUAGAGGCGAUGGCAAAAGCACGAAAAAAGAAAUCGAGCGCCGAGUUGCCGCGCUGGAACGCAGCACCAUAAGGAUGGUGGGGCCUGAGCAACGUGAGGGCCUGGCACGAGCUUUGGACAAGAUCCUGAAUGUAGACGUGAGUUCCCUCAAGUAUGUGGUUAGUUUGGCCGAACGCAGCGCCUCUGUGAACUCGAAGCCUUCCGUGCAGUCAAGGCUUAGCUUCCCCGGUGGCAAACAUGAGUUAUCGUCUUCUUUUGAGGACAAAGAAAUGCCGCGACGCAAGAAGAGGAUGUUUUCAGAAAGUUUUCAAGACCGCGAUCGUUCAUCCGCUCCUAGGGGUUCAUUGAAUAAACGUAAUUCAUCAAAAUACAAGAAAGGCGUCAAGCGCAUGCUUGGUAAACUCGCCCGGAGCAAAGCUUUGAGAUCAUCACCGAAAGGCUUUGGUGCCUUUAAAAAGUCAUACAAUGCAAAAUCUUCGUCGAAAGAUCGAUAUUUCAAAUUAAGCAAUUCAAAAUACUCCAACAGAAGGUCGUCAAAAUCGCCCAACAAACUAGUGUUAAAAUCUCUAAAAAGGCGAACAUCAAAAUCCCCUAACAGGGGACAGAGAUAAUGUUUUGAAUAAGAAUUUCUAUCUGUGUAUACAAUGAUGUACAAUUCCAGAUUUUGUAAAAAUACUAGAUCCAAUUUGAGUUUUUUUUUUUUUGUGGGGCUAUGGCGACAUUUUUUAUCCUAAUUUUUCAAUCGAAAUGAAACUUUUCGAAUAUAAUUUCGCUGUUAAUUCACGUGUUAUUGCUGUAGGUACUCUUGUAGUGUAGAUUGAUAUUACUCUAUUGUGGGUUGGCUUUACUCUUAAUUUUUCUAUUCUCUCCUAAUCUCACCACACUGGCCAUUCAAGAAAAACUCGUUUGUUAUAUUAUAGUGCAAGAAUAUUACAAAUAUGGGAAUGAUUAUUAUUUAAUUGGAAUGAUAUUUUCUAAGUUGAAGCAAAUGACCUCCCUUGCCCCAGGGGAGACUGAAUUGUCUUCAUUACUCAUGUUAUUCCCGCCCACACCCAAGGCUGCUGGGGGUACCAUUUCCUAAUAGCCUUUCUGAUCAACUCAAUUAUUGCUGUAUUAAAUUAAGUAAUAUGCUCUGAAGGAAACCUACUUCUAAAUGAAGUCACGCAUGUUAAAAGUUGCACCAACUUGAAGGGUUACGAGAGGCAGAUGUUGUCUUCCUGCUACGCGUUUGCCGCCCCCUCUGUCCCCAGCUGUACGACUUUGCAGGUGGUAGAAUUUUACGUGUAAAUUAAGUUUGUUAUUUGCAAACUGUUACCUUUGAUUUGAAUAAGGCAGCCUGUUCAAUCAAUAAUUAUAUGAAAUUUUGUGCUUUGUUGAAUUCCCAAUGUUGUCUUCAUUGUUUUUGCAUCGCUGGUGCUUCGGACACCUCAAGUCUGGUACCACAUUAAAUCAAUCGCUGGUAAGAAGUUGCUCUCUCAAUGCUCGCUAAUAUCUGAAGUAUCACGCAAGUCUUCGCUGCGUCGUGUCUCUUGUGCAAGCUCAACUCAUCCUUGACUCUUACAUUAAUGUUAUAUAUUUUCCUUAAAGUUCAAUUGAAGUGAGGACAGGAUAUCCAACUGCGCUGAAAUAGAGGGUAACGUCGAGGGAAUCAAGUUUUCAGUUGCAUGAUCUCUGGCCGCGCUAUUAAAAUAUUUACGAGGUUAUAACUCCGCCAUCCAAUCACUGACGGCAUUAAAAGGUAAACCCAUCAAUGACAGACGAGAAGUCCGGCGCAAGGUGCAUGUGACUGCGACGUUUAUUUAUGACGCUAAGAUUGCUCUCAGGUCAUCUUGUUCUGGUCACUACCAGAGCCAGGAGAGGGAAUGUUAAACACGUUUGCGUUCACAGUUUAUAAUAGAUACAUAACUUACAUGUAUAUCGUGUACGUGGAGGUACACGUACAUGGCUAUUUAAGGCAUGCAAAGUCGUGUACGCGAGACAUGUUACAUGAGUGAUCAUGACCGUAACGUUAGGUGAGUUACUGUAAGCGAUCAAAAAGAUGCGUAUUGAUUGCUAAAUUGGUAAAUCUGCGAGGUUUCAGCUAUGCGUGAAAUGUUAUAUAGUUAUAUAUAAUCAACAUGUUAAUAUUCUCAGACCUGUUAUUUCUGUCAUCACGUGCAGCAGCAACAAGCCGCCAUGUGCCUUGUCUUGUAGGUAUAGUCGACAUGGUGGUUAUGGCUGACAUGGUUAUGGAUGUCCUCCUGCCGAAACCCCUGAGGCUAAAUAAUACAUUGCAUUGCCUACGUCAUAGUUACGGUGGUUGACAUCAUUGCAUCCUUCAUUUUGGGACCGGAACUGCUCCAUCGCGUGCAGAGACUCCCUACAAUUAUCUAGGAUUUUCCUCUGCCCGUCCUUCCCCUGGCGUUGUCCUACCUUCCUCUUGCCCUUCCUUCUCUUCCUCAAGCCGGCUUUCAUUAGCCGUUCCUCGCGCGUCUAAAUGGUGGUGUCUUGAAGCCUCUACUGCAGCAACUUCUAUCAGUCCAUCAUUAGUCCAUCCUGAAGCACCUCUCCCAGCCCCUACUGCAGGUAGCGGUAUACUUUGAGGCAGUGGUUGCCGCUGUCAGCGACGACGACGUGGCCAUCAGGGGUGUAGGCAAGCCCCUGGGGGCCAUGCAGAGGAUCAGCCAGCGUGUUGAUGUACGACAGGAACGACCCGCCGCUGUCAAACACCUGCGGGACAAAUAACACUCCGUCAUGACGGCACAAACUCCCGAUAUACACGUGGUUAGUAAUGCGGGGGCCGACAGAGAAGUGUGAAUUGAACGAGCGACGCGGCAUGCCACCUGAGGCGAUGAUAACUUCGUGAGGCAAUGACUGGGAUCUCAGCUCAGCAAGUUAAGACAUUUCAAUAGCAAUGCGUAUGUGGUUGAUAGUGCGUCGUGUGUGCUUAUACAGCACCUCCAUUGAAACGAACAAACUUGUCAUUAAAACACAGACAUAAUUCGGGAUCCACGUGGACGUACUGCCCGUCAUUGUCGUAUUCCGAAGUCUGUGUGUGUACGCCAAAUAUUUAGUUAUACUACGUCUUACACGUCAGACGGUAUCAAGUCACACACCUGGAUACGGCAGUUGCCCCAGUCCGCGACGAUGAUGUUGUCGUGGGCGUCAACCGCGACGCCCGUGGGAGCGUUAAACUGCCCGUUGCCUUCCCCGUGACUACCGAACGCGAGCACAAACUGGCCGUCGCUGUCAAACACCUGCGGGCAAGCAAAAAAUCUAAAACCUACGGGCACCCGCGUUGUUAAACAUCUGUGAACGCUGCACUAAGAGGAAAAUGCGGGCAAAAACGAGGUGGUUUGUUUGACUGCGGCGACGCACCUUAACGCAGUGGUUGUGGAAGUCUGUCGCCACAAUGUGGUUGUGGCUGUUGACCGCCACGAAGUGUGGUCCGGCGAACUGUAGGCAGUUGGUGCCACGGCUGCCGAAGCGCGUCACGAGUCGCCCGCCGGGGGUGAAGACACACACACACGACGCUUUGUUGUCAACCACAACGAUGUUACCGUGCUGGUCGCUGCACACGCCCUUCGGGCCUGUCGUGUGACCGUGGCAAAGGUUGAAUUAGGGUGGUGCUGUGAAAUGUGCGUUUUUCCGCUAUUUGUGGGAGGGUUUUACCGGGAGCAUAUCAAAUAGGUUGGUACCGGGAGUGUCGGAGUGAGUGGUUGCAAAAAGGGUUGUACCGGACACGAGACCGAAGUAGACGGUUGUGAUAGCCUACUCCUGCCAUUGAUAUGCUAAUAAAUCCUGCGCGUGU